AUGAAUGGCAUGCUCAUUUUCUCGGUCAUUGACACGUUUUACGUGCUCGACAUUAAGACGUGGCGCCGCUUCCAGCUCUACGUACCGAGAGGACACUACACGGAGAUGGACGCGCCGACAAGGCGACGACUCAAGCAUGCGUAUCCGCUCAUUGAGAGCGUGUCUUCUCGCUUUGCAAAACUGACCGACUCGCCGUUUCUCCAGAACCUCGGCGACGUCACGUUCGAGAUGCUACUUGUGCUGUCCUUCAACAAGGAAUUCAUUCGGUCCGAGAUCGACAACCGCACGCUGACUGAUGCCCUCGCAAGCCGCCGCGACGCUCGUCAACUUUUCCGACCUUGA